AUUGCCCCGCAUAAACUGCUAACCGGUUCGGUCCUGAUUCAUUUCCCCCAAUAUCCGCUCUUCCUGUCUUUGCUUCCUUGGCCAAAACUGCUCUUGCAUAUACAGGCCGGUGGCGUCACACCCAUGAAACCCGUCGCCUGAAAUGUCCCGGACUUGGCGGCGCUAUCCCCAUUAUUUUCUUCAUAAAUGCAAUCAACUAGCCAGUUCGCUUGUAAUUCCACUGGGAGCGUUACAGUCUGGAGCUUUCCCGAACCGCUCCCUGCACAAUCCGCAAUCUCCAUAUCGUCAGUCGCCUCCCAGUCUUCCAUUUCUGCCGGACGAGAUUGAACAAUCAGAGUGGAGGUAACGGCCGUUGAUUCCGCAUCAUUGAUUCUACCGGAUCUUCCGCUACCCACCCGAUUGCCAGAAUCCGGGAUUGGGUCUUCCACAACUUGCGCGGAUCCGUGCCCUCUCGAAUCGCUCGACAAUCUUCACUGAAAUCAGCAUCCCCGAUAAAAGCGGAGUUUCCUAUUUAUGGGGCCUUAUUUUUUUCUUCUACAAAUGCGUUUUGAGAUUAAAAACUUCAAAAUUAAAAAAAAUUAAAAUUGCGCCACGUAGGGAUUGUUCUAAGGCAGCGCCGUGUGUUAUAAAUACAAGGAUCCGGCUAGGGUUUCUGGGAUUGUGAGGCGCCGGUGAGAGAGAGAGAGAGAGAGAUGGGUAUCUUUAUGAGGCGUAGGAUGACCGACGAAGAUCGCAUCCGCUACAACAAAGAACUUGUGGAGAGUGAAUGCUUUGAUGUUCACCCACCUCGCGUCCCAUAUUGUGGUUUGAUUGGACCAGUAUCAGGGCGUAGACGCACAGAGUGCGAACGAUUUUCGCUGCUCGCAAUCGAAGAAUACAACCGUCGCUCCAUACCUGGAACUUCACGACUGGCGCUCGUGAAGGUUACGAAAGCAAUGUUUCAGAUUCGCUUUGUAGCCAGGUAUUAUAUAACCUUUGAGGCCAAGGAGAAGGAUUCUGCUGGAGGCCAGUCUAAGACCUAUCAAGCUGUGGUGAAUCAACCGCCCCCCAGAGGGGGUGCUUUCUCCGUGUUGUCUUUCAGGGAGUGUGAGCAAGAGCAAGAAGGUUCAGGCAAUAUUCGUGGGAAAGAAUGGCUUUGGAAAGGUCACACCUUUUGACGUAGUGCGUGAUUCAGCAUGAAUUGUUAGACGAACGGCCGACGGUGGAAGCACAACCAGAUCUCAAUCUCUCAGACAGUUCUCUCGUGUCUUGGUAUUUUCAUGCACUGUGUUUUUUUUCUUUUUCUUUUUUUUCCUUUUAUUUUUCUUUUUUCUUGAGGUUGAAUGUGAGAUUGAGGGUUUGAGGGAAGUUUGAGAGGUAUUGUAAAGUAAAUUUUGUCUCUUUUUUUCUUGUGACGUGUGAUGUUUUGAUUGAAAUUGCCGUGUUGAAGAGGCUUUGGUACUGAUUAUUAUUAUUA